UUGAAAUUGUGACAUUUGUACUAAACACAUUCUAUGUUUGUAUAACAAUGACAGUUAAUCAAGAAGGGUUUAAAUAUGUCAUACAAAAACAAGAACAACAAAAAAUAUGUUUUGGAUCAGGAUGCUCUCGUGAUAUUUCAACAAAGGGUAUGAGUCCAUUCAUGAGAUAUUAUACACUAGAAAACUAUCCAACUAUAGCACCAAAUUCAUAUAAUGUUUUGAAAUCAUUUAAAGCAAUUAAAACUAAGCCUUGUUCCCAUAGUAUUAGUAAGCAAGGUUACAGUGGUAUUGCUAGGUUCAGUAAAAAACUAGUGGUUAAAGAUAAAUAUCCAUCACCAUCAGAUUACAAUAUUUCAACAUUUCCUAAACAAAUACAUAAAUCGAAAUAUCCAUUUGAAUCUAACAGCAAAAGGCAAACAUUUAUGAGCAAUACAAUUCCUGGUCCAGGAAUGUACGUUAGUACUAAAAGAAGAGGUUUUACAUCAGAACAUAGUUUUGGUGGUAGAGUGAAAAUGAAACUUGGAGCGGAUCUUAAAUGUUGUAGUCGAAACACAGAUUUCUGUAAAAUAUGUGGAAAGAAGUCAAUUGGUGAUUAUUGGCAUUUAAAAAAUGAAAUAUUUUUAUGUAGGACAUGCAUGGAUAAAGAAUAUGAAGAAGAAACAAAAUUCAGAAGAAGGGAAUUAGAACAAUUUGAUAAAAUACGGGAUUGUUCAAUUAUGCAUCAACAUGGAACUACAACUGCAAAAAUAUGGUUAAUGCAUCCUACAAGUGCUAUUCAAUGGAUACGCAGAGAAGCUUAUCUCUCUGCUUAUUUCAAUGAAUAA